GACAACGCUGAUGCAACAAAGAAAACUUUAUGAGAAGACGGAGCUGCUGCAAAAAGAACUUUAUAGGAAGACAGAGCUGCUGCACACCCAGGAUCAGGCUCUAAAAUGAGCAUGCUGCUGCUGCACAGGCUGAUCCCACAGGAUUCACCCAGACACGUCUGUCGUUUGCUGGCCAGGCCACUGACACAAGUUCCCUACAGACGGGGUCACGGCGGCUCUUUUGCACACCGGCGCGAACUCCGCCAGGCCAAGAGAAUUGUGGUGAAGUUGGGCAGUGCUGUGGUCACUCGAGGGGAUGAGUGUGGCUUGGCUCUGGGGAGGCUGGCCUCCAUCGUGGAACAGGUGGCGAUGUUGCAGAAUCAAGGCAGGGAGAUGAUGAUCGUCACCAGUGGGGCCGUUGCCUUUGGAAAGCAAAGACUGAGACACGAGAUCCUGCUGUCCCAGAGUGUCCGACAGGCGCUGCACUCGGGACAAAGUCAGCUCAAAGACAUGUCUCUGCCAGUGCUGGAGGCCCGAGCCUGUGCCGCAGCAGGACAGAGUGGCCUGAUGGCUUUGUAUGAGGCCAUGUUCACCCAGUACAGCACGUGCACUGCACAGGUAUUGGUGACAAAUCUGGAUUUUCACGAUGACCAAAAGCGGCAGAACCUGAACAGCACGCUGCAGGAGCUGCUGCGUAUGAACAUCGUGCCCAUCAUCAACACCAACGACGCUGUGGUGCCCCCUCCGGAGCCCAACAGCGACCUGCAGGGGGUGAUCAGCAUUAAGGACAAUGACAGCCUGGCAGCGCGGCUCGCCGUGGAGAUGAGGGCUGACCUGCUCAUCGCGCUGUCUGACGUGGAAGGGCUAUACAACAGCCCCCCCGGAACAGAUGAUGCCAAACUCAUUGACAUCUUUUACCCCGGAGACCAGCAGUCCAUUACCUAUGGGACAAAGUCCAGAGUCGGACUGGGUGGCAUGGAGGCCAAGGUGAAGGCCGCACUUUGGGCGCUCCAGGGCGGCACCUCGGUGGUCAUCGCUAACGGCACUCAUCCCAAAGUCACCGGCCACGUCAUCACCGACAUCGUGGAGGGGAAGAAAGUGGGAACCUUCUUCUCUGAAAUCAAACCUGCAGGCCCGUCAGUGGAGGAGCAGACAGAACUGGCUCGUAACUGCGGGAGAAGCCUCGCCUCUCUGCAUCCAGAUCAGAGGAGCGAGAUCAUCUGCCGUCUCGCUGACCUCCUGACUGAACGGAAGGAAGAAAUUCUGGCUGCAAACAAAAUGGACAUGGACCUGGCUGUCAGUGCAGGCCAUUUGCCUCCAGCCAUGCUGAAGCGUCUGAGCCUGUCACCCUCCAAACUGGGCAGCCUGGCCAUCGGCCUCCGUCAGAUCGCCGUGGCGGCCCAGGACAGUGUGGGCCGCGUGCUGCGCAGGACCAGGGUGGCGCCCAGCCUGGAGCUGGAGCAGAUCACCGUGCCCAUCGGCAUUCUUCUGGUCAUCUUCGAGGCCCGGCCCGACUGCCUGCCGCAGGUGUCAGCUCUGGCCAUAGCCAGUGGCAACGCCCUUCUGUUGAAGGGGGGGAAAGAGGCAGCCAACACCAACCGUGUCCUCCACCAGCUCACCCAGGAGGCUCUUUCCACGCACGGAGUCCGAGAGGCUGUUCAGCUGGUGAGCACUCGCGAGGAGGUGGAGGACCUGUGCCGGCUAGACAAGCUGAUUGACUUGAUCAUCCCCCGGGGUUCGUCCCAGCUGGUGCGAGACAUUCAGCGAGCGGCCAAGGGCAUCCCGGUGCUGGGGCACAGCGAGGGAAUCUGCCACGUCUACGUCGACGCCGAGGCCUGUGUCGAUAAAGUCAUUAAAAUCGUAAGGGACUCCAAGUGUGACUACCCAGCUGCGUGUAACGCAAUGGAAACUCUGCUGAUCCACCGGGACGUCUUGAGGACUCCUCUAUUCGACCAAAUAAUUGACAUGCUGCGCACUGAACGGGUUAAGAUCCACGCAGGCCCUCGGUUCGUGUCCUACCUGACGUUCAGCCCGUCGGAGGCCAAGUCCCUCAGGACGGAGUACGGGGACCUGGAGUGCUGUCUGGAGGUGGUGGACAGCAUGCAGGAGGCGGUGGACCACAUACACAAGUACGGCAGCUCCCACACGGACGUCAUCGUCACAGAAAACGAGGACACAGCAGAGCAGUUCCUGCAGCAGCUGGACAGUGCCUGUGUUUUCUGGAACGCCAGCUCUCGUUUUGCUGAUGGCUACCGGUUCGGACUGGGAGCAGAGGUAGGGAUCAGCACAGCUCGUAUUCACGCCCGGGGUCCUGUGGGUCUGGAGGGGCUGCUCACCACCAAGUGGGUCCUGAGAGGCGACGGCCACACGGCGGCCGACUUCUCAGAGAACGGCACCAUGAAGUAUCUCCACGAAAACCUCCCCGUCAGUCAGUCUUUACCUGGUCAGAGGGACAGCAACUAGUCCAGGACUUCAAAUCAGCAGAAUUGUUGGUGUUACUCUCUGAUAACCUCCCAGGGUAUUUUUAAAGAAGUGUUUUUAAACUCUGCAGCACAGUAAUGGAAGGAGUCAUUCAACACAUCAGCAGGUUUUUUUAUUCAUAACAACAGCUCCUCCAGAAGGACGUUCCUCUUCACAUCAGAAAGCUGAUCAGGACCAAGAGUUUACACACGUUUUAAAGUCUACCUCAGCCUGUUAUACACAUAUUCUCAAUGUGUAGGAGUUCAGCAAGUUGCCUUAUUGCAGUCUUGAGAGGCAUUGUCACAACACUCAGUACAUUAUUAUGCAGUACUUAAGGAAACGGCGAGCAUUGGCUGAUGAUACUUUAAUAUAAAGUUACAAAUUCUACUCUGCUUGUAUCUUUGGAGAUGCUUGAAAUAUUUACUUUGUCAGAACAUGGGACUCAGUUUUUACUCAACAUAAUAAUGAUGAUGGAUCUGUUUCACUCAGUCUUACAUUUUACAGAAGUCGCCACAAGUCAUUGCAACUGUAGAUCCACACAUUACCCACAAAAUGCAAGUGAAAUGCUAUCCAAACUGAAUACACUAAUGGGCUCACUUUAAGCAACAAAUGCUGCCAUAUGUGAAACAAAAGCACUUAUUUCCCUUUUUUAACUUUAAACUACCAAGAUUUUAUCAGGUCAGGAAAGUUUGACUAUUCAGGCAAUAAAACCACCGUAUUAUAAAGAUAAGUGUGCUUUUAGUUUAUUGUAGUAUUUCCUUUAGAUGUUUCAUACCAGCUCUUCAGACCAUUCCUAGUUAUGGAAAUCGUGCACACGGGCUAGUACUGUAAGUUCAUGUAAAGCAACAAAUCUAUCGGAGGAGAGACUUGAGAUAUUUAGUUUGGUAUUGCUGAUUUCAGUACAUGACGUCAAAGAGUAUAUUUUGUCAAACAUUUCAGAAAAUGUGUUAAUUUCACAACAAGAGGCAUUUUUAACUUUAUACAACUUUAGAAACUUGAAUAUUUAGUUUGGUGAUACCAUUUCAGCUCAAGAAACAGCGAGGAAACAAACAUACCAAAAAUGUUAUCAUUAACAACAAAAGGCACGUAAUUCCUUUUCUCAGUUCUGUAUUGUUAUUGACUCUGAAGACAAAUGACAGUCCAAACUGCUCGAACAAAAUAAUUCUGUGAAUCCAGUCUCAAUUCAUAAUCAUGAAGCCUCACUUUGAUCUUUACAGUCGACACUGACUCAGCAGCCACAGGGUUUGCUUUAGCUAGUAAAAUUACAUUUGUCAAAACUUUGUUUUCUCUUGUAUGAGGUUGAUCUUUUUGUUUAGGAUAAGGAACUUGGUAGCAUGCAGUUUCUUUAAUUCACCUUGCUGCUAACAGCUUAAAUUUUUAUUAGAUGAAAUCUUUAACCAUUUUUUUUAAAUGCUUACUUUAAAUAUCAAACCCUUUUAAUUGUGAGUUCGUCAACCUGUAAAUCACAUUAUUUAGUUUCUUGUCAGGCUGUCUGCACUGUGACAAAAGCUGACCUUAAAUUAGACUUAACCAAACACACGGAGUGUGUAUUUUAAAUGGCCGCACUGUGUUCUGUGCAUAUCUACAAAUACAGUGUGAAUAUUUCAUAUUAUUAUUAUGAUUUCAGGUGAAAAGCAUCAAUCUGGUGUACUGAAUGGAACUAAUCUGUGUUUAACCGAAAGCAAAUAGGCCAAACAAAAUGUUACAUUUUCAUUCAUUCUUCAAAUCUCACAGUGUUUAACACAACCAUUUAAUCUGGAAUCCGGUGACUGUCAUUAACUUUUUAUUGUUAGAUGGGAAGGAAUGUGGAAAAAAAGGAUGAGCUGGGAAACAGAAUAAUUUGACUGAUAAAGGGUUAAUUAGAGGAUGAAUGUUAAAAUGAAUCUGUAUGAACUUUAUAUACUUGAACUGGUGCACCUCCAUUUCAAUUCCUGUUUUUAAAGAUUAAUUUAUUUAAAUAUUGUUACCAGUUUUGCUCUUCUUUUUUUUUUCUCGGUGCUUUGUUGCAUUCCUUCUUGUUUCUCGUGGCGCCCAGAGCCUCUGUCAGAGCAGAGAUAGUAAUUGACAAGCUGCCUCCUUCCAGCUUGAGGGGAGAAUGCGACUGCUUUUAAAUUAAGCUCUGUACCAUUUCAGCCUCUGAGCUGCUAUCUGAUGUCUUACAAUGCACAUUUAAGGUUUGG